GGGGCGGGAGGAGGGGCCGCCCUGGACGCGCGAGAGGAGAAGGUGGUGUACUCGCGGUCCCAACUGUCGCUGGCCGACAGCACCAAGGCGCUGGGCGACGCCUUCAAGCUGUUCAUGCCCCGCAGCACGGAGUUCAUGAGCUCGGACGCGGAGCUCUGGAGCUUCCUCUGCAGCCUCAAGCACCAGUUCUCCCCGCACAUCCUGCGCAGCAAGGACGUCUACGGCUACUCGUCCUGCCGGGCCCUGGUGCCAGAGCCCCCGCCGCCCGCCGCCGCCCGCCGCCGCCGUGAUCUCGCGGGAGCGCCGCGCUCUCGCCGCCCCACUUCCGGCGACGGUCUCGCGAGAACUCAGCGCGGGGCUGUCACUGCCCGCGCCGCUUCCUUCAGUGAGGCCUAGUGGGGGCGACACGGGAGAAGGGAUGGAGGGGACACCCAAGAGUUCCGGUGCUUUUUCUGUUUGAUAUUUCUUAAGAGCUUCUACACAAACGACUGUGUCAUUUACAGACAAAGAUAUUUGUAUUUUUUCUUUCCAAUCUGGAUGCCUUUAAUUUUGUUUUUAAAUGCCACUUGAGAAUUUCCUGUGGGGUGUUACAGUCAUUAUACCGGUGGGUGGAUGGGGAGGAAUCUUUCAGCUCUAAGCAGCAUGAUGGUUGUUGCUUUUGACAGUGUCCUUUAACAAGUUUCAAAAUUUUCUUUUCCUAAUUUGUUGAAAAUUGUUAUCAUGAAUGAGUGAUGGAAAUGAUAACACAGCUGCAAGGGAAGAAGGAAUGUUUCUACAUUGUGGGUAUGUAAACUAGUACAACUAGUACAGAAAUCAGAAAGGCAAAGAACUAAAACUAGAUAUUCCAUUUGACUGAGCUAUUUCACUUGUAGGUACCUUCCUGAAAGAGUAAGUCACAUAUUACAGUGAUACAUAUUCAUGUUUAUAGCAGCACAAUUCAUAAUAGCUAAAUCUUGGCAGCCUGUGUGCCCAUCGACUGAUAAGUGGAUGAAGAAAAUGUAGUAUUUAUCUACAAUGGAGUACUACUCUGCCAUAAAGAAGGGUGAAUUUG